AUGAAGAACUUCCUCUUGUUCCUUCUCCCCGUUCUCGUCGCUGCCACGCCACUUGGGCCGACAGGCAUCUCGGACACCCCCGACCCCAAAGAGAUUCAGAUCGUCGGUUCCAGCUUCUCCGGCAGCGGUUGCCCCCAGGGCUCCGUCUCAACCACAAUCUCCCCUGACCGAACCGUCAUUACCUUUGGCUUCGACCGUUUCCAGACCUACAUCGGCCCCGGACUCUCCAUCGCCGACCGUACCAAGAACUGCGCCCUCCACCUGAGUCUUAAGUACCCUGGUGGCUUUCAGUUCGCCGUCGUGGAGAGCACCUAUCACGGCUACGCCCAGCUCGACGAGGGAGUCACUGGGACGUUCUUCUCAACCUACUUCUUCUCUCAAGAUGCCUCAUCCACGACCACCACUCAGACCUCCAUCUCUGGUGGGGGCAUCUGGAAAGAUGGACAGGUGUACACCAAGCAGGAUAGCAUCCCGACUGCAUCGAUUAUCUGGGCCCCAUGCGGCGCAACGGGCAUUCUCAACGUCAACAACCGCAUUGCCCUGACUUCAAAGAAUGCGACGUCUUAUGGUGCCAUCACUGACGAUGACGCUACCGUUGCCUUUACCCAGCAGGUUAACGUAAAGUGGCAAGCCUGCAAGGCCUGA